AUGGCCUUCACCAUGUCUCACGCCACGAGGAUCCCCGCCGCCGCCGCACCCGCCGCGCGCCGCGCCGCCGCCGCUGCGCCCCGCGUGGGCGUGCGCGCCCACUUCCGGAUCACCUUGCGCACGCCCGAGGGCCAGGACACCGCUUUCGAGUGCGGCCCCGACGAGCUGAUCCUGGACGCCGCUGACGCCGCCGGCGUGGAUAUGCCCUUCAUGUGCCGGUCUGGCACCUGCAUGGGCUGCACCGGCCGCCGUGUGGAGGGGGAGCUGGUGCAGCCUGACCCCGGCAUGCUGGAGCCCACUCACGAGGCGCACGGCUUCGCGCUGCUGUGCAAGUCCUACCCCCGCUCCGACCUGCUCAUCCUGAGCCACCAGGAGCACGAGUUCUACCUGUCUGACUGUGACGCCCCUGGCGCCACGGUCAAGAUUAGCUCCAGGUAG